UCAGUACUGGGGUCUCACAUCUUCCGAAGAAGACUUUGGACAUCACUUUAAGAAAGACAGAUUUCCACUUUAGAGACCACGUCAUUUUCCUUCUGUGAGAAUAACAUGAACCAGAAGCUGUUAGUUUUCCUUCUCCCAAAUUUUUUAUUUGGGAUAUUUAUUUGUGGGUUUUUCUUUAAGAAGCAAAAAACCCCAACAGAUGCUUUUCCCAAUCCUACUGAAAAUUGGCUGGCAAUUCAAAACAGUCGGAAAAACACACUGGCUUCUGUCUGCCUGAAGAAUAACCUUAAUAAAGCAAGAAGCAAUUUGGAUUCUCAUGUUGCAAACCAGCUCUUUGUGGAGCACAAGCAUAAAUUUAUCUACUGUGAGGUGCCCAAGGUAGGCUGCUCCAAUUGGAAGAGAACUAUUUUUCUUCUUCAAUCAGACUUCAGUGCAGAGGCUUCUGAUAUUGGGCAUGACGACAUCCACCAUACAUCACUAAUCAAAAGGCUGGUGUCUUACCCUCCUGCCUUACAAAAGGAGUUUCUAAGCAAUUACACCAAAGUGAUGUUCACCAGACAUCCCUUGGAACGGCUGGUUUCAGCUUACAGAGACAAACUCCUGCACUCUGAACCAUUCUACAGUACCACUGUUGCUAAUGAGAUUAGGGCAAUGUUCAGAAAAAAUAAAAGUUCUUCUGAAAAAGUGAGUUUCCAGGAGUUUGUCAGCUUCAUUAUAGCAAAGCCACCACAUACUCUUGACAUUCACUGGAAGCCAAUGUUUCUGCUCUGUGAUCCUUGCAACAUUCACUAUGAUAUUGUGGGAAAGUAUGAAACUCUUGGGUUGGAUUCUGACCAUGUUCUGAAGGUCAUUGGUGCACCAGAGAGCAUGCAAUACCCCAGCUUGAAGAGAUACAGCUCAGAGAAACGAACUGAUGGUGAUAUGACUUUGGAGUACCUCAGACAUUUGACCUUUGAACAAAUUGAGAAGAUAAAAAAAUUGUAUGAAAUGGAUUUUUUUUUGUUCAACUAUACUAUGAAAUAUGAGGAUUAUUUUUCCCUGAAUGGCUAAUGUAGGUUAAACAAAGAACAGUUUCCUUUGUACAAAAUGGGCAGCAGAACUUGACCUCACAGGUGCUUGAUAGGCAGGUUGGUGACUGCUGCUGAGAUUGUCCUGGAGCUUGUAUAUAUGGUUUAUCAUCCUAAGCACUCUUAUAAAAAAUCCCUGCCAUGACCUCUUGUAUCAUGCAGACCUUUACCUGUUAAAAUGAUUGUAUUCCUAUCAAUCUCUAAGAGCAUAUGUUUGUUUCAUGAGAAUUCUUCAUAAAUGAUAGAUUUUGGUCCAUUGGUAAGAGACAUGGGAAGGAUGAAGAAUGCUAUUUUUCACAAUGAAUAUUUUAGAGCACUAUAUUUAUGUCAUUUUUUAAAUUAGAAAAAGACAUAAGAAGCAAUAAACAAUCUGCUUGAGAGUUAAACCACUCUGCAAGAGCCUUGAUCAUGAAUGCUGUAGGAAAGGAGUAAAUAACUUCAGAUGCUUGAAGCUGCAUUACACAGAACAUAAUGCCAGAAUAUCUUCCUCUGUAGCAGUGCUCUCAUCACAGCCCAUCAGCCUCAUCCCUCAAGCAGCACAGCUGUCAGCAAUUCAGACAAAGUUUCCAUUAUAGCUUUUCAAAAUCUUCUGAUGAGCAGAUCUGGUGUUCAUGGUGACUUUACAAACGCUUUUCAUCACUUUUGUAAGUAUUACGGUCUGAUUUAAGCAGAAGGUCUGAAAAAUGUGUUGGAUUUUUUUAGAGAAGUGGUUAGAGGUACCUUCUAAACUGUACAGCUGGGGUGGUGCAUGAUCUAAAAUCUCAGUGAAAAGGUGAUUCUUAUUUAUUCUUCAAAAGCACUUAACACCUAGUCAAUGGACAGGCCAGUCAGCACAGUGGGGACAAUGUUUGAGCUUGCCCAUUUGUGCUGCUGGAACCCAUGAGCCCCUGAGACUUACCUGAGCACUGGCACUUGGAGGAGCUGGGUAACCUUAGAUAAUAUGUUUGUUCUACCUGUUGCUUUCCCACUUUACAGGAGAAUGAGUGCAAGUAAAUUGUGGAGUUAUGAUGAAGGGAACAAUGACACGUGGGAGAAGCAACUCAAACCAUUAUCACCUUCUUAUAUUCCUAGGUGACUUGGUUUUAGAUCACUGAGAAGUCUAUAACUGCUGUUAUACUAAGCAUGAGAUUUGUCCCCUUUAAAAAAACAUUUAUUGUCUAGUCAUGUUCAAAUAUUAAUUUGUGACCAUAUUAAUUGUAACAAGCUUUAGCAACUAAUUGUGACUAUUGGCACCACCUCUAGGAGAUAUUGGUCUCUCAGCAGCUAACUUGAAAAUCCCUCAAAUGCAUUUAUUCCUCUCAGCUAAAUCUGCAAAUGUAUAAAGGCUGGCGGGCUAGUCUUGGACUCAGAGUUGGCUCUCAGCUUCUCAUCACACAGAAAAGGACAGAUACAAAAUAAGUUAGUCACAGAAUAGCCAGCAAUCUGUACAGCCUUUGCUGCCAGCAACAUGGCCAAGGGAGACAGAAAAGGAGACUGUGAAAAAUGGAUACAAUGGGGUUAAUAUAUGAGGGUUUGGAGGAGCCCUUCCAGUGCAGGAAGUGGGUUGCAGGAAUUAUCUGCUCCAGCAGGAAGGUGGAGUGAUAUACAUCAUCAGUUGGAGAAAAUGAUCAGGCCACAGUGACAGGAGAAAUUCCAGAAAGAAGUGCUCUCCAUCCCUCUUGACAGCAGAUUGUACACAAGCCUGGACUGGCAUUUGGUACAUCUGGCAGGUCAUGCCUGGAUAACUAUUUCAUAAGUGGGGCAGCUUUGGAAAAAGGAGAGAUCCAAAAUGAGAACACCAAGCAAGAACAGCAAAACAAUUCGGAGGAACAAAAAAAGUUAUUAUUUUGUGCAGAAGGAUUCAUAUUUCUGGAUCUUACCCUCACCCUUAUGGGUGUCCCCAUAAUUCUACUGUUCCCUGGUGCUGGGUUGUUCAUGCUGCCCUGGCAACUCUGUAGUUCGUGUAGGUUUUGCUUUUUCUUGACUUGUUAGUUUUCUUUAGUCAGAGGAAGCUGGAAAUUACACCCAUCAGAAGGAUGCAGUCUCUCUCUUUUUCCUGAAUCAGAGCUCCAUGUUUCUCCUACAUUCUUUGACAGACCAUGCAGAGGCAGAGGGGAAUAAGAUUUGCUUCAUAACUCACUUCUACAUGAGAGAAUCCUCCAGAGCUAUAUCUGAAGCUGUCAGUAUAUCUAAAAAUACAUGAGUACUCUGGCACCCUCAUCCAGCCUAGGAAAGCUCUGAAGAAAUUAUACUGGCAGAGUUUGAGAGGCAUCUUUGCUGUCAGCACUUGGUGUUAAUGCCCCCUCCAGUUUCUCCCUGUUAGAUGUGAGUGACUUUCUAUUCUUAUUUCCUCUUUCACAGAGGUUCACAUAUUGUUCCUACAGUGGUGGCAGAAAAAUGAUGGCUAGUUCGUUCAUCCCAAGCAUUAGUCAGUAGCAGAAGAGUAUCUAUCAAAGCAGAAAAAGCUCUGACUAUUCACAGCAGACUUUGAGUUUUGCCACUUGCCUAGAGGGAACUGUAAGUAGCACGUUGCCUCAGAUCUCUGGCUGCUGUAAUGCUGUUUAGCUGACAUGAUUCUGGACAAUAAAAAAGCUGCAAAGGAUAUAUUGUGUGCAUGUCUGCCCAUACAACAACAGGUGUACUGUCUUCCCUACGAGUGCACUGUCCAGAACAAGGCUCUUAGCUGAGCUAAGACUCCUGACUUUUGCCCAGAGGAUAACCCUCAGUGGAGCUUCUUUCCUGAGGAUCCCAACUCUUGGUGAUGUGUUCCUGAGAGGAAAAUGGAUUCUUGCAAUUGGGAGCAAAGGUGGAGGCAGUGUGAUGAGCCUCAGACCCUGGGGAGGAUUUGAAUGGGGAGGGAGUGCCAUAAUUCAUCUUCUGAUUUAUUGUUAUAUGCCUGUGAUAUGAUCAUGGAAAUGUUCAUUUGUGAUUACUUUAAUAAACCGUAGAGCGUUAACACAUUAA